AGUUCUAGCGGACAGAAGCGAAGAAGAAGAAGAGAGGGAGGAAGUAAGUGAGUCCUCAGCGUGUGUUUGUUUGUUUGUUUGUUUUUUCUCUACCCACCACUUCCACCUCUCUGUUCACUACUCUCUAGCUGCUGUUACACCUGAUGGUUCUUAUCCUUCAUGUGUGUGAGAAAUGGAACCUGUUCACCCUAUAGAAACACUACGAGGUAAUGAUGAUGGUGUCGAAGUUACCUCCUGGGUGUCGGUGUGUCCCAGCGGCCUCUGGAAGGUCCAGAAAAAACGAACACGUGAUGACAGUCAACAGACUGUUUCUAAUACUAGAGAUGUUACCGCAUGUUCAGCCACCUCCUGUCCAAGAUUGGGUUCUCUGUGUCGAGUCAGGGUGCAGCUCACAAAUAACAUGGAUGAGGCAAAGUCUUCGGGAUCUGAAAAAUCUGGUGAGAAGCCAUCCGUCGAACCAAACCACUCGGUCACAGAUGUUAGAGAACCGGUGGACACGCCCUUACUGAGGUGUCAAGAGUCAGUGCUGCAGCUCCCACUGGGUGAGUGGACAACGGUGAGGCUGGGAGAGGGUCAGUGCGAUAUCACAGAAGCAUGUUUGGAGCAGAUGAGAGCCGGAGAGGAAUGGGAGAUAUUACUUUCUCCAGUGGGACAUGGACCGAGUGUCUCUGUUCCCCAAACAUCCGAUGAAAACCUUCCUCUAUGCGCCACAGUGGAACUCCAGUCGUUCACACCAGGCAAGGAAUCCUGGGAAAUGUCUCCUGGUGAAAAAUGGGAGUGGGCGAAGUCACACAAGCAGAGGGGUGGAGUCAGAUUCAGGAGUGGAGAUGUGUGGGGAGCUGUGCACAGCUACAGCCAGGCCCUUAAACUCCUCAUCACCCUCUUUGGCCAUGUUAGAGAGGUGGAGAAAAAAGGACACGAACCUGAAGCAGAGGAGCACAGAGACACAAACACUACCGCUGAAACACAACAGAUACCGUCAGCUACUGAAUUCAAAACCAUCAAAGCAGAACUCCACUCGAACAUGUCCCUGUGCCAGCUAAAACUGAACCAACCAGAGAGGGCUAAGGCCAGCGCUGCGAAAGCCACUCACCUGGAACCUGGUGCUGUUAAAGCCUGGUACCGACUGGGCCAAGCGUGCCAGAAGUUGAAUGAGCUGGAGGAGGCCAAGCAAGCGUUUAGGAAACUACUGGAGCUACAACCAGAAUUUCCUGCUGCUUUAAAGGCACUUAAAGACAUAGCAAGUAGAGAAAAAGAAACAAAUGCACAGCUGGGACUCAGGCUCAGCAAAAUGUUCAGCUCAAGAUGAAAUAAAUUCAGUCGAUUUUUUGGAAAGAA